AUGUCCUGCAGACGGUGAGGUCAGCCAUCUGGCGCAGUCAGCUAGCUUCGGCAGGAUUUGGGAAAAUGGACGCACGACCGAAGAAUGAGCGAAGGCACAUCCGUAACUCUGCCGUGUAGGUGGGUAGAAGAUUGUGGCUUUUAUUCGACUUGCAUUUUUGAUUGGGUUUCAAAGUAGCCAUUGUCUCAACCCAUGGAGGAGAAUGUGAGCCCUGAGCUCUCUGUAGCUCAUGAGCCAGAAAAGAGCCAAGACCAUACGGAUAGCUGCUCUCAAGGUGAUGGAGAGGAGCGGCCCGGCGAGCAAAAGCCAACUUUCCCAACACAAAGUGAAAAGGUGGCAGAGGAGGCGAUAGAGAAAGCUUCCAAAGCCGACAGCGACUCAAAGAAAACGUGGGCAUUCCGUCGGUCCACCGUUGCUCAGCGAGAGAUGCCAGUGGAAGCUGCGCCCGACAACCCAGAGAGCCGCUAUCCCGUGCGCCGUAGUGGCAGACAGUCGAAGCGCACCGACAAGCUGGAGGAGUUCCUCUCCACUACGAAACGGGUGCUCAGAAAGAGUGCGCCCCCGACCCUGGAAAGUGGCGAUCCGCCGUCGCAAACGCCGACCGAUGUCGAAACCGCCUCCGAGGCCAGCUUUGAUGGGAACGCGGACGCAAAGACGGUGGAGGACAAGCCCGAGACGUCCGACAGGAGAACUCGAAGUAGCACGAGGGAGCAGACUCGAAGGGCAACUCAGCGCGGCAGGCGGCUACGGCAAACGGAAAGCGCCGCCGCCAAAGAUGACGGAAGCUCCGAGAAUGAGGACAGCGGAGACGGCGCCGAGCCGCAGGACAAAGGCGCCGAGAAAUCGGGCAAAGGCGCCGUUCUCUCGAAAGGAGAGGAGGAGGGACGCGCCGCGAAGGAACACCGGCAGCCGGAGUCACAGCCGGAGGAAAAGAAGCCAAACGUGAAAGCGGGAGCUCAGGAGGAGAACAGCAAUGACGAGGAGACCGCGCGAGACCCCGGGUUGUUGGUCAAGCGUGGCCCCAUCCGAACGUACAUUAAUAAAAAACGGGCGGCAAACGUGAACAGCGGGUCCGGCAAGGCCUCGACACCCGCGCAAGCCGUCGGCAAGACCGGCGAGCCUCGCGAUGAGGAGGACAGCGACGAAGAUGACGGCGCGUCCUCGUCUUCGUCAAGCAGCGAGUCUGAUGGAGGCUACGACCCCAACGCACUUUAUUGCAUCUGUCGGCAGAAACACAACAAAAGGUUCAUGAUCUGCUGCGACCGCUGCGAGGAGUGGUUCCAUGGAGAUUGUGUGGGCAUCACCGAGGCUCGUGGACGUCUGAUGGAGAGAAAUGGCGAGGAUUAUGUCUGCCCCAACUGUACGGCUAAAAAAAGCCAGGUGAUCAGGCCCGCCACCUCCAUGCUGUCUCUGAGCACGGACGCCGCCAAGGCCAAAACUGACGCCGGCGCUGAGCCUCCAUCAUCUGCCGGGGGCGCUAUUGCUGACUCGGGUCCCGCGGCAAGCUUAGCGGCGGCGACGGCGGCACAACUCCCCCCAACAUCCGCGAGCGCCGACGAGAAAGGAGCGGAGGACAUCGGGAUCAAAGGCAGGAUCGAGAAAGCCACAAAUCCCACGGGGAAAAAGAAGAUCAAAAUCUUUCAGCCGCCACUGUGUACUGGUUUGGAGCAGACGAUCCAGCAGGCUGCACCACCAAACGCGGGCCAGAAGGGGGCGCCCGCGACGGAAAAGCCAGCGUGCCCCACAGCAGAGAUGGAGCAGGAGAAGGUGGCUUCAAACGUGGAGGUGAAAACAACCGAGACCGAAGAGGCGGGAAAGUCGCCGGUGGACGCGUCGCUUCCCAAAUGCAUCGGUCCCGGCUGCGAGAGCAGCGCCCAGCCGGACUCGGUGUACUGCGGCAAUGACUGCAUUCUGCGCCACGCUGCCGCCACUAUGAAGUCGUUCACUGAAGUCAAAGAGCCUAAGAGCAAAGCUCAGAAAGCCACCUCUGCGUCAAAGAGGGGAGCUGCCAGCCGGACGAGGGCCCGGAGGGACAGCAGGGAGGACUCUGAGAGCGACGGCGGAGAUGACGACCGCGAUCCCGACGAGGACGAUGAAGACGCGCACGCCGUGGAACAGCCGCCGCCGCCUGCCACUGCGUCCUGGUGCAGCGACCAUAAUUACAUUGCAGUGCCACCAGAAAAGACUACACCCAUAUCAACCACAGUGUUAAACAAAAAGUCCCCUCCCAAAGAAGAGAAGCAGACAAAGAAACGGGCGCCGGCUCGUGUUAAACCUUCCCCUGACUCCAAGACCCCUACCAAGAGGAAGAAGAGCAUGACCACCAGGGCAUCCAAAGUGUCUCCAAAAGGCAAAAAGUCGUCCCCUCAGUCCAGCAGCUCGAAAGCAACCAAGAGGUCCGCCACUCCUCCGAGUAAAUCUGCAGCAAAGACCAAGAAACCGCGGACCACGACCACCCCGCCCCCGUCCCCGUCCCCUUAUCCUCCGGGCCCAAUCCAUGUCACGGGAGCGCUAAGGGUCACCAAGACCAACUUUACCAUUCCAAAGAAGCAGCCUCAGCAAAAAGACUCUCCGUCCCAUCAUCAGUCUUCCUCGUCUUCCAGAGUCCCGGCGUCUCCGGCGUCUUCGGCUGCCCCCGGUCACUCUUCCUCUCACAGGUCGCACCAUCCGGCAGCGUCCUCGGCAGCCUCGGCUUCCCCGGUAACGCCGCCCCCCAACCACCAGAUGAGACAGAACAUCCGUCGCUCUCUGACAGACAUCCUCUACAAGAGGGUGAGCGACAGCGAUGAUUUGAAAAUGACGGAGAGCGAAGUCGCGAGGCUGGCGGCCGUCAUCGAGAAAGAGAUGUUUAACCUCUGCCUCAGCACCGACAGCAAGUACAAAAACAAGUACCGGUUGCUCAUGUUCAACCUCAAGGACCCGAAAAACAAAGGCCUGUUCUACAGGGUCAUCGGCGGUGAGCUGAGCCCUUUCCGACUGGUCAGGCUGAGUGCCGAAGAGAUGAUUUCCAAGGAGAUAUCGGAGUGGAAGAAGCCCGAUCCACCGCAGGCUCAGUCCUCCGGUGCGAGGGCCCAUUCGGGUCAUUCCAAAAUUAGCAGUCGGCGCGACUCUCAUAGCGUGGAUGCGGAGGAUGCCCCGCCCCCAUCUGAUGCAGAUGUAUGUAUCCCUGCCACAGCGUCGGCAUCUUCUCGCAUGGCUUCUGCUGUAGACCAAGACGAGCCCAGCCUCACCGCUUCAGCUGCGCCGCAGCCUGCUGCUGUUGAGGGGAGCAGCAGUGUGCCCGAUAUUUUCAGUAGCAUGCUCAAAGACACCACGGCAGAACACAGGACUCAUCUGUUUGACCUCAACUGUAAAAUAUGCACAGGUCAGAAGACGGAAGAGGAGCUUGCAUCCAAAAAAACCAAACCCCCGAAGAAACCCGAGCAAGCCACCGCCGGCGCUGUCGGCCAACCACAAAUGGCCCCGGCAUACCAGCACCAGCAGCUCAUGCCUCCGCCGUACCAGUUUGCCACCGAGCCGGCUGUCCCGGAGUCACAGCCGCAACUUUACCAAGAGGACCCAAAGAACCUGGCCCCUCCCGUGCAGAUCCCGCAGGCCGUCGCCCCCACCGUUUCGUCCGUCAGCAUCACGCGCAGAGACCCACGCAUGGCCAGACAUGGCUCCAGCGUAACCGUCACGCACACUUCUCCUGAAAAACCCGCCAGUACCGUGGCGGAGGCGCUCCCACUUCCUCUCAUUGCUCCUUUGGAUGCCGGAGCCAAGGCCUUCCUUCCCAUGCCCCCUGCUCCUCCGCCCUCACUGAUUUUGACCAAACCGUCGAAAACAAGUACUUCUGAACCUCCUCCGGAGGGGGAGACUGCAAUCUUCCUCCAUGGUCAAGAGAGGGUUUGGAAAGGGUUCAUCAACAUGCAGUCUGUCGCCAAGUUUGUAACCAAGGCUUACCUGGUGUCAGGGUCUUUUGAGUACCUAAAAGAGGAUUUGCCCGACACCAUACACGUUGGAGGACGCAUCUCCCCGAACACAGUGUGGGACUACGUUGGCAAGUUGAAAACCUCAUUGUCCAAGGAGCUGUGUCUGAUCCGAUUCCAGCCGGCCACAGAGGAGGAGGAAGUGGCUUACGUGUCUCUCUUCUGUUACUUCAGCAGCAGGAAAAGAUUUGGUGUGGUAGCUAACAGCAACCGGCGGAUCAAAGACCUUUAUCUCAUCCCUUUGAGUUCAAAGGACCCGCUACCAUCCAAACUCUUGCCAUUUGAUGGACCAGGACUCGAGCCGGCCCGGCCCAACCUUCUACUGGGGCUCUUGAUCUGCCAGAAGGACAGAAAGCGCCCCGGUGUUGCGUUGGAAAGUGAUGAGAAACGAUCUAAGCUCCAACUUAAAGAAAUUGAUGACACUGGUCUCCCGAAGCCACCUCUCUCAGUCAAAGUGGAGCGCAGCACACGCCAAAGUUUGGAAAUUCCCUUCAGUGCCACUCCUCCGGGGUCACCUCCUGCCAGCUCCUCUGGGACACCAAAUGUUGCUGUGGCCACCCCAUCUGUCUUUUCCCUUUUGUCAUCUGUUAAAGCACCCGCCCCGCCCUCUGUCACGGGUGUGGAAUCUCCCUCCUCAUCCAGCUCUAUCCCUGCCCCUGCAGCAACUGCCACUCCUCUCCAGACCAUCCUCAACACUCUUUUUGGGAAGAAAAAGCACGACUCUGAAGCUUCCAACUCGCCAUCUGAUCAGGGUGCGGAAACUUCCAUCGCCCACUCCACAAUGCUCGAUCCAAUUGUGCAGCAGUUUGCGCAGAUUUCAAAAGACAAACAGGUCGAGGAGGAUGAAGACGACCGGCCGUACGACCCAGAGGAAGAGUAUGACCCGUGUAUGGGUUACGGUGUGCCUAACAAACCGGUUGAGGUAGUCAAUCAACCUGAAGUAGUACCAAGUGAAGGUGAUGACGUUGCGUAUGAUCCUGAAGAUGACUCGAUAUUUGAUGAAGUCAAAACUAAUGUAUCAGAUGAAACUGGAGCGUCUACCUGUGAGGCUAGAACAGAUUCGGAAAACAACCAGAAAGCAGAUCAGACGCAACAAAAAGAGGACGACGAAUGUCUGCCCUCCGCUGAGUCUUCACAGGCUGCGCCAACCCUCUUGGGCAGUAGUCAGUUAAUGCAGCUUGGCAAACAAGUGGAAGAGCUUGUGAAAGCCACGCCCACGAUCAACCAGAGGAGAGAUCCUCGACAGAGCCGUGAAGCACGCCAGGUGGCCGGUAGCGCAACAGAAACGGCAGGCGAACCGCUCGAUAAUGAAGAGUCGUCAUCCGACGGCUCUUCUCCGCCACAGCACUCAGUCCAAGAGCCACCGUUGCCUUCUGUCGCGAACCCUCCCGACCCCUCACAAGACCCAGAGAGGCCAUUGCCCAAGGAGGAAACGAAAUCGGAGACAACGCUGCCCUUUCUGGAGACAGGAAAGGAAGAGGUGUCAAUCCCUUUAUUGGGCGAGACUUUGGAACCUGAUCUGGACUAUGACUAUCUGCAAGAAAAAGAAGUGAACACGAGAGAAGUGCAAGCGGCUGAGAGGGUCCAGGCAGAAAUAGAGACGGACAAGUACAGUGUUUGGCCAAAUGCGGCAAGUAUUUUAAAAACCAGCGAGGAGUCAGAAUACGACCACAAUAGCCAAGACGCGGCAACUUGUAGCUCCUACAAUGAGUCAACGAUCACUUCCACGAUCCCAGUCCUCAGUGACACUCAUUCUCAUCAUUCGCGACAUCACAGGACAACGUCGGACUUUGACAACGAUUACAGACCGCCAGCUGACAUCCCCCCGCCAUCGAGUUUUCUACCACCUCAAUCAAGGCACGGACAGAAUCCCAUGAUGAGGCCUCCGCCGAUGUCAGUUCCGCCCCCGAUGCAAGGUAUUUCUUCAAUGUCCGCGCCGCAGUCGAUGCAAGGACCCCCACCAGCUAUCCAUGGUCCUCCCUCAGUACUCGGUCCUCCGAUUCAAGCGGAGAGCGCCCGUCCGUAUGGCCUGCCUCCAUCGCCGUUCCCCCCCUAUCAAAACCAGUGGACGCGCACCCAACUACCACCGCCGCCACCGCAGCAGCCACUCUCAAGACCGCCUCCUCAGAACCUCAUACCACCCAGAGUACCACCGCCGCUGUACCCCCCAAUUGGCCAGAGAGGUCCGCCACCCAAAAUGUUUGAUCCCAUUAUUCCCCCUCAGCACAGUGGACAACAAGGCCUGCCUCCGGGCUUUCCUCUACCGCCUACGUUUGAGGGACAGAAUCAGCUGCCUCCGCCGCGAUUUACCGGUCCACCUCCGCCAUUUAGUUUCCCUGGAAACAGAGGUCCUCCUCCAGCCUUCACAGCACCACCACCACCACCGGGACAUUUUGAUAACAGGCUUCCCCCCCUCUCCCACUUCUCAGGACCGAGGGGUCCUCUACCCUCUCAGUAUGGUGAGCAUACAAAUCAAACUCCGAUUCCGAUCCAACCCCAAAUGGUGGACCCCAGGGAGCAGUAUGGUAAAGAUAGUCACUCAUUCACACAUGUGGACCAACAUCAAAAUCAUCCCCCGAAUAUUUUCAAAGACGGCCCGGGGACACCGUACCGGGGUCCUCCGCCGAGCCACUAUGACGAACCAAGAGGCCCGCCUUCUAGUGUGGACAGAAGCGGGCCACACAUGAAUCCACAUGCCCAGUUUGGGGUGCCCAGGCCACACUCACCACCACACCGAGGAGCUUUGGAGGAGCACUUGGCUCUUCCGGAGAAUAGAAACAAAUUUGGGGUUCCCAUGCUACACUCACCGCCGCAUCGAGGAGCUUUGAAUGAGCACCUCGCUCUUCCUGCUCUACAGGAGACCAGAGCGCUCAGAGAUCAGACUCAGCCUUUUGGUGGUUCUGAGCGUUACCGCUUUGAUAGGUUUUCAGAUGAGGCAAGACCUGUCCGUCACGGCGGCCCGCUGCUACCGACCCCCACAGAGGCCCCUCUUGCCGCUCCAAGUCGCCUAGGAGGUCAAAGUCCAGAUCAAUGGCGAGAGGACUACUGGCGCCGACAUUCCCCCGAAGCCAUGAGGAGAACCGGCACCAACCGGGAAGGCUCGGAACCGCAAAGCACAGAGCUCUUCGCUCACUUUGACGUCGGACUCAGAGAACAGGGUUCUGGGUCUUCCCAGUCUUUAGAAGAGAGACUGAAGGAGCUCUCUGGCGAAGGCCGAAGAGACAGAGACCGGGACCUGACCCUCGCUGCGAGAUCGUUGUGGGAGCGGGGUCAGGGCAAGCGGUGGAGCAGAGACCGAGAAUGGGCCAGAAGCAGAGAGCGGGACAGAAGCCGAGAACGGGACAGAAGCCGAGAACGGGACAGAAGCAGAGAGCGGGACAGAAGCAGAGAGCGAGACGUCGACGGUGAAUCUAGCAGAGAACGGGAGCGCAGCAAAGGGAAAGAGGCUGAGAAACACAAGGAGGCAGAGGUGGAGCGACACAGGGAUGAAGACGCAGACAAGAGGAGAGACCGUGAGCGAGAGAGAGAAAAGGACAGAGCCAAGGACAGGGAGUCGGAGAGAAGGGAUUACGAUCGCGAAAGAGGAAGAACCCGUGAUAAAGAGCGAGAACGGGACCGUGAGCGAGACAAGAGACGUGACAGGUCCCGAAGCAGAGACCGUGACCGGGACCGUGACCGGGGGAAAGACCGAGGUAGAGACAGAGAAAGGGAAAAGGACAGUGACAGAGACAAGGAAAGGGAGAGGGACAGAGACAAAGAGGGGGAUCGGGAGAGAGACCGGGAGAGGGACAGAGACAAGGACAGAGAAAAAGAUCGGGACAAAGACCGAGACAGAGGCAGAGACAAAGACAGAGAUGGAGAGAAAGAGAGAGAGAAAGACCCAGAUAGAGAAAGAGACAAGGACAGGGACGGAGAGAAAGAUCGAGACAGAGAGAAAGACCGUGACCGAGAAAGAGAGAAAGAUCGAGGCCGAGAUAAAGACAGACCCCGUGACAGAGAGCGCGAGAGAGACCGAGAGCGGGAGAAGGACCGAGAGCGGGAGAAGGACAAAGACCGGGAGAAGGACCGAGAGCGGGAGAAAGACCGAGAGCGGGAGAAGGACCGAGGCCGGGAGAAGGACAAAGACAGAGACAGAGAUAAAGACCGCGAUAGAGACCGUGGCAGGGAUCGUCAGGAGACCAGCAGAAUCAGGGACAGGCGAGAAGAUAAAAAUAACAAACAUGAAAAGUCCAAGGAGAAAGAAAAGACUGCGGCCAAUGAGAAAGCCACGUCGUCCUAGUGUGGUUCGACUACACUGGUUUGCCGAGCGAUCGUUGAUAACCACUGAAAGUCCUUGUUGUGAAUGACAAUGAUAGUAUUUCAUUUCUAUCGGCUCUGGCGUUUGUAUCUUCUGUCCUGGCUUCAUACGGUUACGAAACGACGACCGAAGGACAUUUAAGUUACUGGUCUUUGGGUUGUCGGAUAGAGCUACCAAGUCCAACCCAGCCUAAGAAAGAAUUCUGCGUCGAAUCACAUAACAAAUGUAAAUAUGAUUGUUUGUGUGUACAUAAUGAUGUUUUUAAUACUUUUCUAAGUAGGCAAAAUAAAAGCCAUAUACUCUGGAUGGAUCAUCUGAAACUAAACUGCUUAGAACUGUGACAAUUGAACAGGAUGUGAAAAGGUUUCAUUUAUCCGCAGUACAGUACCUAAUCAAUUAUUUGUUUCACCUCAAUUAAACAUUUUGGAUCACA